UCUGAACCUUAUGCUAUCAUAUUUACAAUAAUGUUCCCUUGAUCGUAUUCCCCGUGUAUUCAUUCCUACCCCUCACUAAGCCACUGGCCACCCGUCUCCGUCACGCACCCAAUCAGGCCAGAUCGUCGCAUUCAGGAACACCGCGGCCGGCGGCCUUGACCCCGACCCUUCUCAAUUGAUACCCCGUCUCCUUUCUACAAUCGACCAUGCCUCGUCGAAACCAGGCGGCACAUAUUCUGCUAGCGCUGGCAUGUGCCAGCUCUACAGCUUGGGCCAGCAGGAAGGCCUUCAACAUCAACGAUGACCUAUUAGCUUACCCUCAAUUUGAGGUGCAUUUCCCCGAUGACUACGUCCUCGAUUCCCACGCCAGAGAGCUCCUACGAGAGCGCAGUGAUAGCUCUUCGACCUUCGCCGAUAAUCAAGAGAAGUCCGCCCAAGUGUACCUAGGCCGCAAUACCCAUGACAACAACCACGCAACCCCCCGCGAUGGCGACGACGGAUUCAGCUAUGAGGAAAUGCUUCUGGGAGAACAGCGGUUCCUCUGUCAGAUCCCCCGCGUCGAUGUUGACGACCGGACCAAUGCCACCGGACAUCCUCUCGAAGCGGACGAGCAGAAGGAGCUGGCGCGCGCGAUGGAUCGGGGCCUGGAGCUCCUGCGCGAGAUGGAGGGGAAAUGCAUGUAUUAUAUAUCCGGAUGGUGGUCCUACUCUUUCUGCUACAAGAACCAGAUUAAGCAGUUCCACGCCCUCCCUUCGGGAAGUGGCGUUCCCAACUACCCGCCUAUGGAGGACCAUACAACCCACUCCUUCAUUCUGGGCAAAUUCCCUCAGGGAGAGGGCGACGAAGAUGAGGUAGAAGGGGCUUCAGACCAGAAGAAAGCUGUCACAGACGUGGCAGAGCUCCAGACGAAGGGCGGCUCCAGGUACUUGGUGCAACGAUUGGAUGGCGGCACGAAAUGCGACCUGACAGGUCGAGACCGGAAGAUCGAGGUCCAGUUUCAUUGCCACCCUCAGUCGACAGACCGCAUUGGUUGGAUCAAGGAGCUGACCACAUGCUCCUACCUCAUGGUCAUCUACACCCCGCGUCUAUGUAACGACGUUGCCUUCCUGCCGCCCCAGCAAGACGAGGUACACGGCAUAGAGUGUCGCGAGAUUCUAGACCCGGAGCAAGUAUCGGACUGGGAAGCGCUCCGGGAGUACCAGUUGGCGCAGCGACUGGUAGAGUCCGCCGUGAUGGAGGAGUUCCCGGUCGUCGGAGAUAUCCAGGUCGGUGCUCAGAAGCUGGUGGGAUCGGAAGGCAAGGAGAUCGAGAAAGGACGCGUCGCGUGGGCUGGAGAAGAGAUCAUUGAGGUUGUGGCCAAGCGCGAAAACGGAGAAGUGCAACAAUUGUCCCGCGAGGAUCUGAAAAAGCACGAUCUGGACCCAGAGAAGCUCGAAACGUUGAAGAAGCGCUUGGAGGAGUGGGCCAAGGGCAAGGACUGGACGCUCGAGGUUAUCUCGGUCAAUGGCGAACGUCAGCUGCGCGGCCUCGUUGAUGAUGACGAGGAGGAGGAAGACAACGGAGAGGGCUCCCAGGAAGAGAUGGUCUCGGAUGCUCCUUCCAAGGAGACGACUGAAGCAGAGGCGGCAGGGCAGGAGCCACAACCGCAGCACCAGGAAGAACAGCAGCCAUUGGAGACCGACGAAGUCGAGGAGGUAAGCAAGAAGAGGGUGAAGGAUGAGUUGUAGUAGCUAUUGUGAGGGCUUUGCUUUUGCUCGAUCGGGGUGCCCUUGUGCAACUUCCUUUUUGCGUCUACCAUGUGUUUUCUUCUUCUAGCGUGCGUUCGUAGUAGCUACGGCUGAUUAUA